AUGAAAGUGCUCAGAUCCUUGAUGUGGAGGUUUCAUCCUCACCUAGCUAUUUAUGGCUAUUUACAGUUGUAAAUACAGUUGUAAAUCUAAGUAGUGAAAAACAGUAGCAAUUACUCUUCCAACAGGACAGUUUUAACUGCAUAACUUCUGAAGUCAGAGAUCUGGAUUACACCAGAAAUCUUUGCUGAGGCCAAAGUUGUGACUGAAACAGCAUCUGAAGUGUUUGAAAGUACUCUAACCUGUUGGCUGGAUUAACUGGCUGUCAUUCAGAGGGAACUUGGCAGAUCUAUUUUGCUUUCGUUGAACCUCUCUACUGCAUGUCAUAAAGAUUUCCUGGGUCCAGAAGCUGCACUAAAGACAACUGAGCAGCACAAAAAUGUGACUUUGACAAGGGACUCCAAGCUUUCUGACAAGGAAUUUUUUACUGAUCAGUUUAUAAUUUAAACCUAUAACUGAAGCAUGCAUAAUAAUUAGUUAACCUGAUAGGGGAAAGAGGCUUUCUCAGUAAUUGGGGCUGCCAAAAAAAGCAGUCACUUGAAGUUUCAAAAUGAGUGCUCCGUUAAUCCCAAACAAGUCAUGUUAUGCCCAGCUUCAGGACAACCACAGCGAAAUAAAAAAUAAUAAUGAAAGCACAGUGAGUAUGGGGGAUACAAAUGCCAACCAAAUUGUGACAAAAGUUAGAACCACUGAAGGAGAUAUCAAGAAACAUGAUUUGACAGAUGAGAGUGGGAAUAUACACCGUGGAGGAUCAGAAAAAGUUACUCAUCUGAAUACGGAGCAGAAUAAACUGGCCUUCAGAGACUCUCGGACCUGUAACAGCAGUGUACAGGAAAGUAAACUGCCCUCAACCACAAGCAGGGAAAUAGGGAAAGACUAUAGAACCAGCGAAACUAAGGAUAUAUCAAGGCAUAUCAGGAUUAGCCGAGGACAAAGUCUGUCCAAUUUAAAAAGCAGCACAAAUGAUGCUAACCUGGAGGUUAUUUCAAAAGGUGACGUUGACCUCACCCAGAACUUUUCUAAGGGUAAAAUGUCCAGGACUGUGGAGAUGGAGAGAAUAAAAAGGCUUUCUCUGGGCAGACCAAGUAAAUUUUCUCCUCAAUCUGAAACAUUUGCAAAAGAAUGUGUUGGCCGCGUGUCGUGUAAACGUCUGCUUUCUGCAUCAUUGGAUUCCAUCGACAGGUCACACCAUUUGAUUGGAAAUGCAGAGAAAUCACAAAAAACAUCCACAGAUCAUUUUCUUGGGAUGGUGUUUCAUCCACUUGACAAUACCUCGGAGGAAAAUAUUGUGUUUUAUUCCAAACCAUCUACCUCAGGGAACAAGAAAAUAAGUAAACCAGAAAAUGUACCAAAUGUUAACACUGAAAGCACACUGCAUACUUCUCAUACCAAUCAUCAUUCAGCUACUAAGCCCAAUGAGACUGCUAGUAAAUCAGAAGCACAAUUAGGUCAGGGUGAUAAAAGUAAGAAAAUGGAUCUUAAGACUGCACCGUCUCUACAAUAUAAAAACACGUGCCAACAGAAGAUUGAGAGAAUUAUGCUGGUAGAGUUACUGGAGUGUCAAAAAGGUGAAAGUACGAUAGUGCAAGAAGAGAAAAGGUCUGUGUCUGACUCAUCAAAAUUUCCAGCAUCCCAUUUUCAAGACAUCUGUAAUAAAGUAGAGGAUCCAUUGUCAAGCGAGGUGGUAACCUAUCCUGAUGACAAAUUGCAAAGUGAUAACUUCACCGUCAGUGGGGAAGGGAGAGGAAGUAAUGACAGUGACAGCAGGGCAACUAGCCAGGUUAGUGAGGAAUUUUCUACUGACAAAGAAGUGGAAACAGUAUUCCCACUCACAUGUGAUAGUAAAUCCAGUGGCAAAGUGACAUGUAGACAAAAUGAAAAUUUGCAUGAAGUUGAUGCAGGUUGCACUGAAACAGUUGGCGAACAGAUAUCUCUGAUACGUAACACUAAUAUACCUGACAGCAGACCCUUGCAAGAUAAUGAGAAUAAACUGAUGCUAGUCAAAGGAGUCACUGAGGAUGCUGCCAUUCCUGUUCCCGAUCUCUCAGAUCAGCGCAGAGCAUGCAGUGCAGAGACAGUGUCGAACCAACAACCUGACAACCACGACAGUGAUGCGGAAACCUCAAGCUUUUCGGUUCCGAGUACAAAGACAGCUCAUGCACAGAAACAUCCUCCAGAUGAAGCACCAGAGAGUUAUAAGGUUUCGGCAAAGGCUGAUGCCUUGUUAUGUGUUCCCACUCCUGUGCGCCCAGUGGCAAUUCUGGAUGUCAAUAGUCAGCCCACCCUAUCUAACAGUAAUUUGAAGGACCUUUAUGCACUUCAUGUUGACAAACUGUCACCCUCCUCAGUCCUACCUCCUGUUGACAGUACACAGUUGUUAAACAUAUCCCCUAAAGUGCCUCUCAAGGCUGCUUGCAGCAGCGCAAUCCCCAAACCUAUCCUGGUCCACUCCAAGGGCCCCCUAGCAGAUAAGGAGGAUGUGGACAGCGACUACAGUGAAAAACUGGAAGAAAGCAUUGAGGUGAAACCUGCAAUACCCAAGCCCAAACAUGUGAGACCUAAAAUCAUCACAUACAUUAGAAGAAACCCUCGCUCAAUAGAGCAGCUUGACCCUUCAUUUGCACCACCGGGUCUGCCUUACAGUACCCCUGCGUGCAGCGUGCCAAUCUCUACCGAGCAGAAGGCAUCCAAUGGAGGGGAGGUGAAGCCCCCCACCCUCCUGUACGACAAAUUUAAACCCGACAUCCAGAAGCCAAGGCUCUUCAGUUCUGGAUUGGUGGUGUCAGGAAUUCGGCCCCCGGGACAUCACUUUGGACCGAUGAGUGAGAAGUUUCUGCAGGAGGUUGGGGAAAGGCCUGAAAAAGAUGAAUUUUGUCCUCCACCAUAUACCCACUACGAGGUUCCGCCAAGUUUUUAUCGAUCUGCCAUGAUACUCAAGCCACAGCUAGGACUGGGUGCAGUCUCCAGGUUACCAUCUGCAAAAAGCAGGAUUCUCAUUGCAAGUCAAAGAUCCUCAGGUACCUGUCUUCAUCAGCAAGGAGAAAUAACAAGUGCUCCCAGCCUCUAUCACCCCGAUGCUUCAGUUGAUCUUAAGAAAGGCCCAUGUCCAAAUGCUGCAAAGUCAAAUCUCCCCAAGCCGUGUCAGUCUGGACUUCGUCCUCCAAGUUAUUCACGGUUGCCAGCGGCUAAACUGGCAGCAUUUGGUUUUGUCAGGAGCUCGAGCGUAUCCUCCGUCUCCAGCAACCAGUCAAAUGACAGUGCUCAGAGUGAUCAAAGCAGGACAACCAACCGUUCCAGCUUUGGAAAUGAAGAGCAAACCACUCCUAAGGCAUCUGCACCUUCUAAAGAUGUACCCAAGGGUAGCAGCAAGAGCACAACGCAGGUAUCGAGCAGCACAGCGACUCCACGCAGGAGCUUACUUCCAGCACCAAAAACUGCCACUGCACCUGCUGGUGUGAAGAAAGAAGUACAAAAAGAUCAGGAUGCUAGCAGACCAGCUGUCUCAUCCCCUAAGAGAUCAGCAGUAACAGCCACCAAGCUCCAUUCACCAGGACAUCCCAAGCAAAGGUCAACCACCCCAAAGAACGGAUGCUCCCCCAAACCAGGAGAGAGCCGAGAUGCUGAAAAGCAGUUCAUCCAGAGACUGAAGGAAAAGUGCGAUGAGCAGUCCCGGCAAUUAAGCAACAUUCGAGAUGAGCUUAAAAGGGCCAGCUGUGGGUUUGAUGUCUUUGCGAUAACAACACAGCACUUUUUCAGGCAGAAAGAAAAUGCCCUUGUGAAAAUAAACAAUUUAGGAGUGGAGAUUGCAAAGAUCAGGGAUGAAGUUGCCCUCAACACGGCGAGAUGGAAGAAACUACAAAGCGAGAAGGAGGAGCUGGAGAGGCGCUUCGAGGAGGAGGCGAGGAAGCUUCACUGGCAGCAGCGGGAGGAGCUGCAGGUGCUGGAGCAGCGGCUGCGGGAGGAGUACAGCGCCAAGAUGGAGAGCCUGCAGGAGCAGCACAGGCUGCAGCUGGAGCGGGUCAGGUCCCAGCAUCAGCACCAGGUGGCCGAUAUCACAGCUGCCCAUGAAGCUGCAGUGUUGCAGCUGGAAAACAACCACACUGUGGCCAUCGCAGUGCUGCAGGACGAGCACGACUGCGAGAUUCGAGAACUGGUUGCUGCUCACGAGCUGGAAAAAACACAAUUAAAAGAGAAUUUUGAAAAGCUGCGGCUGUCACUCCAGGACCAGAUCGACACCCUCACCUUCCAGAACCAAUCUCUGAAGGCCAAAGCAGACCGGUUUGAAGAGGCUUUGAAGAAAAGCACUGAGGAACAGCUGAAGAUUGCACGAGCUCCAUAUCUGCACUUAGAAAAAGAUCUGAAGAGCUUAAAGCAUGUUCUGGAAAUGAAGAACCAUCAGAUUCACGAACAGGAGAAGAAGAUUAUGGAGCUAGAAAAACAAGCUGAAAAAAAUUUAAUCCUGGAAGAAAAAAUCACUGUGCUGCAACAGCAGAAUGAAGAACUCAGAGCCAGGAUUGAGCAAAAUACUGUCAUAACAAGGCAAUUAUCGGAGGAGAAUGCGAACCUUCAGGAAUACGUCGAGAAAGAAGUGGAGGAGAAGAAGAGGCUGAGCAGGACGAACGAGGAGCUCCUCUGGAAGCUGCAGGGCGGAGAAGCCGUGAGCCCCGUGAAAUCCCCGCCCGCAUCCUCCACGUCUUUCUACCGCUGCUCGUCGGGGAACUCCUCUCCAGCCAAAGCCAGAACCGUGCGGCGAUGAUCCGGCAACCGUGUGCUGACCCCCUGCCUCGUACGCAUUUCCACCCUGCUGAAUUUCUCCCUCCGAGGAAGCAUCGCCAUCCGUGGGCGCCCAGGGUUCGUGGCUGCAAGCAUGCUCCGUAGCUGCAUAGCUUUACACUAGGCAGGGCACCCUUAGGGUCCCCACGUAGGAGCUCCUGGUUCUGGCACGUUGAUUAGGAUAGCAAAGAGGACAGCAAAAAUUAAAAAAAAAAAAAAGGAUAGCAAAAAGUUAGGGUAGCGGCGAGUUAGGGUAGCGAAUGUUUAGCUCGAUGUGUUCACAUUUUAACUGUGGUUAGAGCCAGAAGUUGGAAAAUACUAAAUUAAUGGUUCGUCGGACUGAACUUCUGCUGCAGUAUUUCAGGGUAGUGACAAAUAGAGUUCCGGUUGUGAAUAUUUCCGUAUGUGUGUCUGUGUUUAUAUACAUGUAUGUACUGUACCUUUAUACCUAUAUAUAGACGCACACACAUAUAUAUGUAGUUGAAGAUGUUCCGAAUUGCAUUUUUUUAUAUUCUUGGAUACUACGAAGUGCUGAUAUAUUUUCAUUACAGUCAGCAGUUUUCUAACUCGUGCCUAAGACUUGUAUCUAAACGAAACGCAUUUCUGUUUAGCCUCCCAGGAAUAUUUAUACCCGAACUAGAAGAAAGUUACACCGAAGUAGAAGCGCCUUCCAAAUGACCACCAAGUGGUACUCUAUGUAACAUGAACACCAGCGACUUUUGAAUUCCCAGACAGUACUGCCUUGAACACCGUCACCUUCGCAUUGAACACCCGAUGAGAUACGCAUACCAUUCACUGCUUUUUAACUCUGCAUCAGUAUUGUAGGUGGAGAUAGGCUAGAGAUGAGAAACCUGAGGGUUUUAGUAAAUUUGGGAGAGGUUACUGGUUAACAUGUGUCAAUUUUAGAGUCUUGAAAUCCUCAGUGUCUUUUAUCUUGACCUGUUUAGGAAAUAGUCAGACUCUCUGCUUAGAGGUUACUGUCCGUUUUGAUUUAUUUCAAGUCCCAUAAGCAAGAAGGAGAAAAUUACGCCUUCGGUCCUUGACCUUUGCUGGCCAAGAGCGUUAGGAUGAGCUGUCGGGGCCUGCUUGGGGCCCCUGAAGCACCAGGCGAAACACAGAGGACUGCAUGGGCGCAAAUGAGGUCAGAAGCCUUUUCCUUCCAUAUAUACCUAUUAUUGCACACCUCUAAAUUUUACCCAAAGUUACAGAGCACUUUUGAGAUUCAUGGAAAAGUCUGGCUAAAUUACCUUUAGCUUCUCUGCCUGGAAGCAAAAAAAAUCUCGCCCUGGCUGAGCAUUGCCCCUGCUUGCCCACGGGGGCAGGAAGGGCUGCAGGGCCUUUUUGGGCACCGACAACAAGCAGGGGGGAAAUGUCCCAUAGCGUAAAUGAAAAA